GGCCGCCUCGGGGGAAGACACUGCCCGCUGCGCUCCCGCCGCUCCGCUCCUGCACGUGACUCGAGGGGACAGCUCCGAGGUCCAAGGCUGACGCAACCAUGAGAGCCGCGACCCUCCUCGCUCUACUCGCCCUCUGGGCUGCCUCCGGGGCCGAGCAGUGCCCUCCGUACGACGUCCUGGAGAAGAUAGUGUACCUGCCGCACCCGCGGGACUGCUCGCUGUUCCGGCGGUGCCAGGCGGGGGAGCCCGUGCUGGGACACUGCCCCGCGGGCCAGCACUUCGCCCCGGGGACCUCGGCCUGCGGGGACCCCGCCGGCGCGGGCUGCGAGGCGCGCGACCCCUGCUCCGCGGGCGAGCCCCGGGCCACGUGUCGCUACCUGUGCUCGUGCUCCAAGGAGGAGGGCAACACCACGUGCCCCGCCAAGCUGGAGUUCUCCCCUCAGAUGGAGCUGUUCCGCCAGCCCAGCGGCCCCUCCUGCCCUGAGCAAGCCGGGGCCCUGCAGCUCGGCGGGCUCGGGGUGGGGCGCCUGCUGACGGCGAACGUGACGGGCAACGCCUCCAGCUGCCCCGGAAACAGCGAGGCCAGCGUGGCGCACUUCGCCGACUGCUCCAAGAUGGUGGUGUGCGGCGCCGACGGCUCGGAGCAGGCGCACGCCUGCCCCGCGGGCCAGCUCUACAGCCCGGACCUCGGGCUGUGCGACGCGCCCGAGUUCGUGACCUGCGGCUCGCCGCCGCCGGCCGGGGGAGGCUGCCCCCUCGCCGGCUGCCGCCACGCCUGCAGGUGCGCCGUCACCAGCGGCGCCUGCCCCGCCGCCGUGCUCUUCUCCGCCGCCGUCCGCGUGACGGACACGCGCGCGCCGCCCGCCUGCCCGCCGGAGCCGGCGGCCGUGGCGCUGGGCGGAGGCCUCGUCGCGGCGCUGACGCCGCUGCCCAACACGACGCGCGCCAGCCGCUGUCCCGCGGGCGCCGCGGGCCGCGUCUACCUGCCCGACCCGGAGGACUGCGGCCGGGUCACGCUGUGCUCGGGCGACUCCGAGCGCACCGUCAGCUGCCCCACGGGACUGCACUUCAACCUGCGCACCAGGUCGUGCGGUCGGCCCGACCCGGCGGUGUGCGGCGGGCCCCGCCCCAGCACUCCGCCGCCCCCCGCCGCCCCCGCCGCCCCCGCCGAGGAGGAGGCGGCUCGCGACGACGUGCCCUGCCCCACCACCUGGGCCUGUCCCGCCGGCAGGAACUCCAGCGUGCCGCACCUCUCCGACUGCACCAUGUUCUGCCGCUGCGGGGACGGCGGGCCCUUCCUGGGGGCCUGCCCCCCAGGACUGCAGUUCGGCGCGCGCGCCCAGGCCUGCCAGCCGCCCGCCCAGGCCGGCUGCCGCUCCACGUGUCCCCAGAUCUCGGUGAACGAGCGGGGCCGGUGGGAGCCCGAGGACUGCACCUCCCAGGACGGCCAGGAGGGCGCGCGGUGCCACCUCGCGUGCAACAGCGGCUACCAGCUCAUCGGCAGCGAGGCCAUCAACUGCACCUCCAGGGGCUGGUACGGCUCCGGCGGCCUCAACCACAUACCCUCGUGCAACACGCCGGACGAACUCGCAGAAGCCGUGGACAAGAAGCUGAACGAGACUCUGGACAGGCUGAGCGAGGACAGAGCAGGGAUCAUGUUUCUCCUGGACGAGUCCCUGAGUGUGGAUCCCGAGUUUUUCGUCAACGGCAAAUCUGAGAACUUCCAGGCGCAGAAGAACUUGGUGGACCACUUGGUGAAAGGAUUUCCGCUGUCCGAGAACCGCUCCGCCGGCGUGAUCACGUUCAGCACGGACGCCGAGGUGGACAUCGGCCUGCAGCAGACCUCGACUUGCGACUUCGCGUCGCAGCUGGGGCGAGUCUCGUUCUUCGGCGGCAACACGGACCUGGCCGCCGCUCUGCAGCUGGCGGCCGCCGAGAUCAACGCCACUUCGCCGCCCAGGAAGACUCUCGUGCUGAUCGUGACGGACGGCCAGAGCCAGACGGACCCUGCGCCGGCCGCUGCCGGCCUCAGGGCCGCCGGCCACGUGGUGUUCUCCAUCGCCGUCGCCGACUUCGACCGCCGGCAGCUGGAGCCCAUCUCGUCCACGCACACCGACGGCUCCAAGCUCUUCUUCGCCAUGAGCGACUUCAAGCUGUUCCGCCACGUCGAGUACUACCUGCGCGCCAAGUACCAGAAUACUUCACAACAGUGUCCAUGAAGCAUGACUUCGAAGACAGAAGAAACAGGUCAAACUUGUGUGAAUCUGGAUAGCCCAAAGCUGUAUGGAUAUCAACAACAUUUUAAAUUAAAAAAAAAAAUUGGACAAGUUUUUAACAUGGUAAUAUACAUUGUAGUGGGAUUUUUUUUAAACAUAAAUGAAUGCAUUUUACUACCAAAUUAUAAGAGAAUGUUUUUUGCACAAAGCACAACAUUUAGUCAUCGGCUUACCUUUGGUUCUGUCCCAGUAGUAUAGUGACCAAAAUGCAUUUUAAUGUUAUACUACAUAUGUGCACAGUGUUUGCAGGCCGACAGUGAGUGAACUAAUAAAUUAAUUCGAAACUUAA